GCCAAAAAAAUAAAAUAAAAUCCCGCGCUAGAAAACAAGUACUUAAAAAAGGAAGGAAAAGAAGGGGGGCUCCCUGGAGGGGAUUGGUUCAGCCUGGAAGACAGGGAAAUUAGUAAAGCAUGAGUCUCCAAGCCAUGCUGGUGGCCAGCACUCGGAUGAGAACGCUUUCGGAGCAAUUAGCGAAGAGCUGAAGGCGGCUGCUGCUGCUGCAGACGGGGAGGAAGCAAGGGCAGUUCCCUCCGGAGGCUCCCUCCACAGCAAGCAUUUGCUCACUCCAGCUGCAGAAGGGUUUCAGAUGUCCCACCGCUGCUUGACCCCCUGCAAAUAAGGGUUGACCACCAGAGGCACAUCCCACCUCUUGCUUGUAAUCACUGACAUGCACUGAGGCUACAGCUUCCAACCUGUUUACAACCAGACGGGGGAAGAGAAGUUAGGAGUUUUCUCUCUGGAUUUUUUUUCUUUUUGGUACUUUCUGGAGGAUUCAAAGCAAAACAAAGGAACUGCCUCCUCGGGGCUGUCAGUGAGCAGGGACGAGUUGUACAACUGGCUUGGGCUUUGCCAAGGAAAGGGGGUGGGAAAACCAGAAGACCUUUCUGCAUCUAAGAUGGUAAAGGAAGGAGGGAGGAAGAGAACGAAUUAACCACGGGGAAGCCUCAGACCAGGUUGGGGAGGGGGGUGAGAGAAAAAAGAGAGGAUUAACCACCACCACCACCAACAACACACACAAAAACCCCACCAACUUUCUUCUGUGAGGGAGGACUCGGAGGAUUAAAAGGCAGCAACUUCUGAGGCGAUUUGUCCCCUGAGUUAUGGAUGUUGGUGUACUCACUUCAGGCCAGAUCAGAGCUCAGAGGGCUCUAACCAGAAGCAGCAGCCCCCCGCUCCCCACUUGCCUUAUACCGGGUUUUACCCUUCCAGUAUGUUUCUUCUGAUGAGACAUUUUCCAGCGCCCAGCGUUUCAGUACAAUGUGCAAAUGGAUACUGACAAAUGGUGCCUCAGCCUUUUCCCACCUGCCUUGCUGCGGCUGCUGCCUCUUCCUGCUGCUCUUCUUGGUGUCUUCUGGGUCUGUCAUCUGCCAGGACAUGCGGUCCCCGGAGGCCACCAACGCUUCUUCUUCAUCCUCCUCCUCUUCAUCCUUCUCCUCUCCUUCCAGCGCGGGGAGGCACGUGCGGAGCUACAAUCACCUCCAGGGAGAUGUCCGCUGGAGGAAGCUCUACUCUUAUAACAAGUACUUUCUCCGGAUUGAGAAGAACGGCAAGGUCAGCGGGACCAAGAAGGAGAACUGCCCGUACAGCAUAUUGGAGAUAACAUCUGUGGAAAUUGGAGUUGUGGCUGUUAAAUCCAUUAACAGCAACUAUUAUUUAGCCAUGAAUAAGAAAGGAAAAGUCUAUGGCUCUAAAGAGUUUAACAGUGAUUGUAAAUUGAAGGAAAGAAUAGAAGAAAAUGGAUACAACACAUAUGCAUCCUUAAAUUGGAAACACAAUGGAAGACAAAUGUUUGUGGCCUUGAAUGGAAGAGGUGCUACAAAGAGAGGACAGAAAACAAGGAGGAAAAACACCUCCGCUCACUUUCUUCCAAUGGUAGUAAUGUCAUAGAUGGAGGAACUGUUUUAUUGAUGCAGUUGGACCAAAGGCUCUUUUGUCAAGGAUACUUGGUAAUCCUCUUGAAGAGAAAAAAGGCAAAGAAACAGUGCAGACGUCUGCUUGUUUGAAAAGGGAGAGAAGCCUUUGAAGGUUUUGUGCUCACUGCUGGCACAUGAAGGACUUGUAAUUAGUUCUGUGUCAUAUCUUAUAAUCAAGAUACAAGCUGGAUCAAAUGGGAUGGGAACUAUUCCCAGUGUGAAUAAUGUUUUUUUUUAUCUCUGCGACAGAACUUGCAGGACGUGAGACAAUCUGUUGAAUGAUCUUUGGGGAAAGUUAUUUAUGGAAUACUAACUCAUAUCAAAGACCUUCAUUGCUCAUUCAAACCUAAUGAGCCAAUGAACAGACAGACACACAAGCAUUUACUGGAAGCACUUGGGUCAUAUGCACAAAUAAAGAAGUUUCUGGAACAGUCUCAUGGAAGAAUGGAUAGGAUUAAGAAAUAUAAGCAUAUUAGCAUUAAACUGUUCUAACAUAAUGAAUAGUAUGGUUCCUUGUAUAUUCUAAUUUCAUACCUUCUUAUUUCUCUCUAAAUUAUUUAUUUAAUAGGAUGUUAAAUAUCUUUUUGUUUUUGUUUUAAAUGAUUUCCUCAGUUGCUUCCUUAUUUUUUCCCUUUCUUCAACUUUUCUCUCAGAGGUUGAUAGAGUAAACUUUCAAAGCUUCACUGACAGCCUGAGAAUAGGAAACAUGUCUGUAAGUUAAAGUUAGCAUUGCAGUGAAUAUGUUAAAUCUGUUUUCUUCUAAACUGUUUUGCACUUAAGCAAAAACAAAAACAAAAAAACAACAAACAAACUUCAAGAAAUACUUUGUCAGGAUGGUGUUGUUGCUUGUAUGAAAAGGAUGGAGAGGGUCAAAUCUUUUUCUCAGGUGCGUUCAUGUUUGGGAUGUGUAUGUGUAUGCAAGUGAGAUCCCACUGGUUUUGUAUUUGGAACUAAAUGUGGCUUAUCUCCACUGAUUUGAAUGAGAUUGUGAUAUCCCAUACAUUUAAAGACAAGCCAAAUUAUCUCAUGGAGUUGGAAGCACCUGAAGGCAGAAUUUAGCUCCCAAAAAGUGAGUCCAAAAACAGCACACUCCUGCAGCCCUUGCUCAGUUAACCUCCAUACUCAAGAUGUCCUCAUUAACAACUUCAAGUGUCACAGAUAUAUACUGGUGCAUUUCCUGAAUAAAGAGUCUAGGACAGUCAUGAUCGUGCAUUUAUCAAAGACUGCUUCCUCAUGUAUAUAACACAGAGCACCAGCUAAAAACAGCAUCACUAUUCAGAGUUAAAAUAUCUUAUCCAUCACAGUAAAUGAAGGUUCAACAAAAUACAUCAGGCACUUUUAAUGAAAGGUCACUAUUCCCACAUCUUAAUUUGAGCAAAUACGUUUAAUUCUAAAAAUAAGUCUGGUCAACCUAAAAGAAUGUAAGGUUUGUUUUUUGCUAUACUUUUUUCUGUAAAUUUAGAGAGCUCUGGAUAACUCAUCAAUGCAACCAUAUUGAGAUUCAUUUUGUUAGAGCAGUUAAAUAGAAAAAAGUACACCAGCCAACCUGUACCUCUGUCCUCACAUUGUAUUCCACUAAAUAAAAGCCUAAACCUUC